AUGCUUAAUAAAAUUCAAUCUAGCAAAAAAAACGCAGAUUGUAGUCUUUCUUUAUCUAAACUCCCAAUCCCAUUUACAAAUAACAAAAUAUGCAAUGAGGGAUGGCCUCCAUAUCUUCUUACUUCUCGUAACGAAUGUAUCAUAAAUAUGAGAAGUUUAAAGGGUGAAAUUGACUAUUUGUCAUUAAUUGACAGCUGGCUGCAAUAUACUUCAAAUUUGCUUAGGGAGAUUCAUGCAAAUAAUUUUGCUAAAUUAAUUAUUCAAAAUUAUUCAUAUGAUUUAGAAAUUGCCAUUAUUAACUGUGCGUAUUUUUAUCAGCAGCAUUCUUUAAACAUAUUAGAAAGGGCAUAUAUAUCGGAACAGAAAGAUAUCUUGUGGUCUACCAGCGGAAAAUAUUUGAAAAGAGGUUUAGGUUUAUUAGGGUAUUAUUUGGAAAAUUAUGAUAUUCUUGCUUUAAGCACUACUAGCUUUCAAUUAUGUACAGAUUUGGCUUCACAAUUUAAAUUAGUACAACAAAUUGGGGUUUUAGUACUAUCAUUAUCUAAAUUACGUUCAAAUAUGUAUAAAGAAUCUAAGGAUGCUGUUUUGGACAUUCAAUCCCAAGAUAUUUCUACUUUAGCUACUAAUAGUUUACUCUAUGGUAAAAUUGCUAUAGGAUGUAAAGAUACUGCAUUGAAAUGUUCAAGCGAUAACCAAGUAAUAAAUGCAACGCUAAUCGAUUAUUUAGAAGCUCUAUCCUAUAUUUUGAUUUCUUUAGAGGAAUAUAGAAAGGAUGAAACAGGUAACUCAAUUGGCUUAUUGAAUUUAGCAAUCAACCAUCUAAAGAAAAUAAACCCCAAUCUAUUAUUAGACAAUUCGAUAUUAAAGACUACUAAAAAGCGAGAUAAAUUUAAAAGCAUUAUUCAAACAAAGAUACCCUCUAAAAAUACAAUUCUACCCAAAAAGAAUAAUGGUGGAGGAUUACUGCCUGUAUUAAAGGAAACAUUAGAUGAUCUUAUAUUACCUUUAGUAAUUUUAUUAAAAUAUAGAUAUCAGACUACAAAUAAUAAGCUUACUUUUAAAGAGAUAGAAAAUGAUUCGAUUAAACUGCAAGCUUUACUACCAAGAGGUAUCUCACCAGAUUUGCAAGGAUCCAAAUGGUCAUUAGAUUCAGGAGUCUUUAAAGAGAUAACCAUUGAUAGCGAAAAAAGACAGAAAGUAGACUAUUUUUAA